CGCCUCAUCGUUAACUUCGUCCUCUGCCUUAUAUGUUUUAUAGCUUACUCUUCUCAAAUAUUCAUAAUCUGGCCUUGGUAUGGCGGCGUUCUGUCUGUUGAACUUCUAACCCUUCUGCUCCCUUUCAACGUUUUAGUCUUAAUUCUGCUUUGGAAUUACUGGCUCUGCGUGGUUACAGAUCCAGGGCGCGUGCCAGAUUCAUGGAAACCGGAUACUCAUAUGGACGGAUACGAGGUCAAGAAGCUCACAGGUGGUCCAAGAUAUUGCAGGAUGUGCCAGAAUUACAAGCCGCCCCGAACCCAUCACUGUAGGGAUUGUAAUAGAUGUGUUCUUCGCAUGGAUCACCAUUGCCCUUGGAUAAACAAUUGCAUCGGACACUUUAACCACGGCCAUUUCAUUCGUUUCCUUUUCUAUGUCGACUUAUCUUGCUCCUACCAUAUUGCAAUGGUAACCAGACGAGUAUUCAGUAGUAUGAACGGGCAUUACUGGGAUGAACCUUCCAGUUCGGAACUCGUCAUGAUAAUUUUGAAUUACGUUGCCUGUGUGCCAGUGCUUGUUGUUGUUGGAGGGUUCAGUUUAUAUCAUUUCUACAGUUUAAUGGCGAAUACCACAACAAUAGAGGGGUGGGAGAAGGAUAAAGCAGCUACUAUGGUCAGGAGAGGACAAGUCCGUGAGAUUAAGUUUCCCUACGACCUUGGUGCAAGGCGGAAUAUUGAAUCGAUCCUCGGUUCUCGACCUCUAUUUUGGUGCUGGCCAAGUCGUACACCGGGCAAUGGCCUCAGAUACGAGCUUUCU